GCCACCCCUCCCCAAGCUACAGACAAUGAAACUGCCACUUGACCCAGGGAGAAGGGACAAGGGCAUUUGAGCGCCACCCCCCCCCCCCUCGCCUUGGCAGAAUAAACCCAGUGUCCCCCCUGGUGCCGGGCUGAGCUGUAUUGUGUGUGUGGUGCCAGGAGUCCCUGUACCCAUGGGGGCGGGGGGGGGGGGCGGCGGGGGCAGAGCCAGCUCUGCCCGAGGUUACUAGGCCACCCGCGUCCCCAGGUUUCCUGGGGGACCGCAGGGGGGCAGGGCAGGGCAGGCUUAGAGGCUGCCUCGAGCCCUGGUUCCGGGAAGAGAGUCUCAGCGGCGCCCCCCCCCCCAAUCGGAAUAUGGGCGGGGGCGGGGCUAGUAUGCUAAUUGGCGGUCGCCGAUUGGUUCAGCCUCGGGGGCGGGGCAUUCGGGGCUGACCUCUUCCCUGGCUCGGCCGCCCUCUGGCCAGUAGAGAGUGAAUCUCCUUCACGGGUGGAGCCGGGCGCCUCGCAGCCGCAGCCGCAGCCGCCCCCGCCCCCGCCACGGCCAGCAGGGUCAUGCCGCCGCCCCCCUCCGCGGAGCCCCCGGGCCAGCGCGCCAAGGACCAGGAGACCCUGGAGGCCUACCGCCUGGGGCCCCUUCUGGGCAAGGGUGGCUUUGGCUCGGUCUUCUCUGCGCACCGCCGGGCUGACCGCCUGCAGGUUGCUGUGAAGCUGAUCCCACGGAGCCGCGUCCUGGGCUGGGCCCCCCUGUCUGACUCGGGCCCAUGCCCACUGGAGGUGGCCCUGCUGAGAAAGGUCGGGGCUGGGGGUGGUCAUCGGGGUGUGAUCCAGCUGCUGGAUUGGUUUGAGACCCCAGAGAGUUUCGUGCUGGUGCUUGAGCGGCCAGAACACGGCCAGGAUCUGUUUGACUAUAUCACUGAGCGGGGCCCCCUGGGAGAGGGCCACUGCCGGCGAUUCUUCAGCCAGGUGGUAGCUGCUGUGCGCCAUUGCCAUGCCCGAGGUGUAGUCCACCGAGACAUCAAGGAUGAGAACAUCCUGGUGGACCUGAGGAGGGGUGAGGUGAAGCUCAUUGACUUUGGUUCUGGUGCCCUGCUCCGGGAGGAGCCCUACACCGACUUCGAUGGAACAAGGGUCUACAGCCCCCCAGAAUGGAUCUCUCAGCAGCUGUACCAUGCACUCCCAGCCACUGUGUGGUCCUUAGGCAUCCUCCUUUAUGACAUGGCCUGUGGUGACAUCCCCUUUGAACACGAUCGGGAGAUCCUGGGUGCUCGCCUUCGAUUCCACUGCCGUCUUUCCCCAGGUUGCAAGGCCCUGAUACGACGUUGCCUGGCCCCUGACCCUGCCAACCGGCCCUCUCUGGAGCAGAUUCUUUGGGACCCCUGGAUGCAGGAUGGGGAGGAUCACUUAGCACUCCCUUCGGAAAUUGUGCCUCCUCCCUCCCGUGAUAGUACUGCCUCCUGUGGUGCCAGUAGCCCAGAGUGGCCCCUUUCUAACAGUGUGCAGGAAUGGAGCAUGUAUACUUGUGGUCCCCAGAAUGGGAGCAGCUUUUUGAGGCUGCCAUGUUGACCUGGUUUUACAGGUUGCUUUGAGAUCCUCCUCUGUACCUAACCCAAGGGACAGAGAAAGACCUUUAGCUACCUUCUGGCUCUUGGGGGUGAAUGGGGCCUUUUUCCACACUAGCCACUCCCUUCCCCUUCCCCCUUUCCUCCCUAGGCGGUUGUUUGUAGAAAUCCUGAGGUUGGGGUAGAAAAGGCUGGGAGCUUGAGCCCUCUUGGCUCCUUCAAACCCAGCUAUUUCCUUGUGCCCAGCUGCUCUCCGUUGCCCUCGACAUCGCCCCUGCAUGACCGGAGGGCAGCCUGUGUUGUUGAUUGCCCAGUGAGGUCGGCUUCUCCACCAUCCCCCUCUGACGGCCACCGCCGCCUCCCAAGCUGUGCAAAUCCUUCGGGCACACCGGCCACCGGCUAGAGGAUGCCCAGGCAGGGAAGGGUGGGCAGGUGCUGGUCAGCCGGCUCUCUCACCCGCUGGAUGUGAAUGUCACAUUAAACGAACCCCCUGCAACCCCA